AAAUGCUGAUGAGGAUCCUUUUUUUUUUUUGUCCUUCAGGGCCACAAUCAUGUUUUGUGUUGGGUCCAUUGUGUCAGCUUUGAGUCUUGGCUGACAUUGAAGGCUCCAUCGUGUGCAGACACCUUAUGAGGGGAUUUUAGUCAGUUGGCUUGCUGCCCAUGUAAUUCAUUAAAACUAAAAGAGGCGCACACUGUGAUACUAUUUAUAGUAUUAGAAAUGUCAAGGCAUGCUUUUUUUUUCCAAAUGAGAUGAGCACCCUACAGCCAUCUUAAGUUUACCUCAUAACACCAAACUUCUUUUGCCAAAUACUUUUACCAAUGAAUGUUCAAUUAAGGAUGUGGGUGACUUUAGCAGAGUUGGCCAGCCCCAUGAAAUUAGAUUUUUUUGGGGUGGCGGAGGCCAGGAGUGGUUAAAAAAAAUUACUUAGAAAGGUCUCUCUCUCAGCCAAUAAGCAACUAUAAAUGUUUUUAUGAUGCUGAUUAUAUAUGUAUAUAUGUAUAAGAAUAUAAAUAGAAUAUUCAUGAUAUUAAUGAUCAGUAGAAGUAAAUUAUAAUUUUGUCAUUAUUUUCUAUUUUGUAGUAUUUAGCAAUAAGCAUUCUUAAUGGAAAUGAAAAACAAACACACGACCGUGUAAUUUAGGCGCCGAUCCGGCUGUGCCUAGGUUCUGUUACAAUUGUUGUUUGUGUAAUAGGUGUGCCUCCAGCCUAUUGCGCAACAGUUGUUUAACCCACAGUAAGUGAGUGAGCACUGUCAGCAACAUAAAAGCAAUAAAAAAAUAUCUGCUCUUAGCCGCCACGAUGACAUGUUCAAAGGGCAGAAACCACAAGUGCAGUUUACCAAAGUACACUUUUUCUUAUUGAUUGACAAAUGGCCACGAUGGACGCUGAGGAAUGUGCAAAGAAGAAAGGGAGAUUAACUGUGGUCCUGGCACUGGCCACACUCAUAUCUACAUUUGGCUCAUCCUUCCAGUAUGGAUACAAUGUUGCUGUCAUCAAUUCUCCAGCUCCGUUCAUGCAGCACUUUUACAACGUCACCUUCCUCGAGCGUUAUGCUGAACCAAUGGAGGAGAACCUGCUGACUGUGCUAUGGUCUCUGUCCGUGUCUAUGUACCCGCUGGGAGGCUUCUUUGGCUCUCUCAUGGUGGCACCGCUGGUCAACAAAUUAGGAAGAAAGGGCGCCCUCCUCUUCAACAACAUCUUCUCCAUCGUGCCCGCGUUGAUGAUGGGAGUCAGUGAGCUGGCCAAAUCUUAUGAGAUCAUUAUCGUGGCUCGGUUCAUAGUGGGCAUCUGCGCAGGUCUUUCAUCCAACGUGGUGCCCAUGUAUCUGGGCGAACUCGCUCCCAAAAACCUGAGAGGAGCCAUAGGAAUCGUACCGCAGCUUUUCAUUACCAUUGGCAUCCUCUGUGCCCAAGUGCUGGGAAUCAGAAACCUACUAGGCAACAGCAAAGGUUGGACCCUCCUGCUGGGCAUUACUGGCAUUCCUGCUGUGAUUGAGCUCAUCCUGCUGCCCUUCUUCCCGGAGAGCCCUAGGUACACACUCAUCCAGAAAGGCGAUGAGGCGACCGCAAAGAAAGCGUUGCAGAGACUGCGUGGCAUGGACGAUGUGACUGCAGAACUUUCAGAGAUGUGUCUGGAAGACCAGUCGGAGAGGGUGGAGGGUCGUUUGUCCGUGCUGUCCCUGCUUGGCCAGCGCUCCCUUCGCUGGCAGAUGGUCUCCAUCAUCGUCAUGAACAUGGGGCAGCAGCUGUCAGGGGUGAAUGCGAUCUACUAUUAUGCAGACAGCAUAUAUGCCAGCGCAGGAGUCACAAAGAAUGACAUCCAGUAUGUCACAGUGGGAACAGGUGCCGUAAAUGUCUUCAUGACCAUCGCGGCUGUCUUCAUUGUGGAAGCCUCAGGACGACGCCUCCUACUCCUCUGUGGUUUUGGGAUUUGCUGCGGCGCAUGUAUCCUCCUUACGGUGGCGCUCACCUUCCAGGAAAGUGUGACGUGGAUGCCCUACGUCAGCAUCACGUGUGUUAUCAUCUACAUCAGUGGUCAUGCUAUUGGACCCAGUCCUAUCCCUUAUGUGGUGACUACUGAGAUGUUUCGGCAGUCAGCCAGGCCCGCUGCCUUCAUGGUGGCGGGCUCUGUCCACUGGCUGUCAAACUUCACUGUUGGCCUGCUAUUCCCUUUUAUGGAGAGAGGCCUUGGCCCCUACAGCUUUGUCAUUUUUUCCUUUAUUUGUCUGGCCACGCUGAUCUACAUCUGGCUGGUUGUCCCCGAGACCAAGAACAAGACCUUUCUUGAGAUCUGCCAGAUGUUUGCCAAGAGGAACAGAGUGGAGAUCAAACUGGGCGAUGGCAGUGCGUCACUGAAAGGGAGCAAAGAAAAGCCGCAGGAAGUCGAGAAGGUCACAGCCUUUUGAAGACACCAAUAGAUCUUUCACAUGAGAGAAAGUCCUCGCUUUAGGGGGGUAUGGGAAUUGCAUCACACUGCAUGUUCCUCUAGUUGUAUUUUUAACAAAUGUUACAGCAGUCUUUUGUAGAAAAAAUGACCACACUACUAGAGGCAUAAAUAGACAUUUAGUAUGAAACUUUAUUCCCAAAAGAAAGAUGAUGAAUGUAUGAAUGAAGCUCUCGUUGACGUUUAAUACGAGGAGUGACAAUAAAGAAACUGGCAGCAUGUCUGACUGCUUUUGUCACCUCAUUACUAUUCUGCACCAAUCUCCUUCAUUUUCCUCUCUCAUUUGCUUCUUUUGCAGAAUUCUGUGUAUCACACACUCCCGUCACGCCUUGCCAUUGCUUUUGAGUCACGAAUGCGGCUGCCACAGUCUCGUUUCUUUGUGAUUGCCACGCCUCGUAUUGAAGUACAUUUUAUACUAUUAGUGAAGCAUUCAAAGCCCCCAAGUCACCAUUUAUGUCCUCUGCCUGAUCAUAUCUGCUGUUAUUUGCAACAACAAAAAAACUCAGAUGAAUAGCCCCGUCAGAAAUCUGUAGCCCCGGUUAACACCUUCAGAAUUUUAUUUGAUAUUCCACAAUAUAGUUGUAGAUUAUUUUCUCAGCCUCUAUAUAUGCGUCAAGCCCCA